GCUGAAAGUAUUAUGGGGGGCCAACAUCACGAUCACGUGUGCCAACGGUUGAUACUGUAAGUAGUUGGACGAGAUCCUACGAGAUCUGAUGUUUACGCUGAUGGCAACAUUGGAACGCCGUGAAGGUCGCAUUGUUUCCCUACUAUGGACGACAAUCCCGUCGAUGGAUUGCACCAAGUGUUUGGGAGAACCUUGUGUAGUUCAUGGAGAACUCGUGCAUGCCAUUAUUGUCACAUGAGAACAGCAUCACUUCUCGUAGAUGGGCCGUCAAUGCGAACGCCGCAUAUAAAAUCCUGCGUACCGAACCCAGUGUAGCGAAGAAAGGCAGUUCGCCACGAUGCUCCCCUUUUCGAGGUUGUCUGGUUUCAUAUUACUGGCUUCCUAUCAAGCGCGAGCGAGCGUGAUCAGCACUACGGUGUACACUGUUCCGGGUGCCUUUCCGACUUCGAUAUAUGGGACGUAUUGGAAUGAUCCUACUGCUACUUCGGCGCAGCCUCAGCCUGUUAUAACCGAUCCCGUGACGAAUGAGAUAUUCCCCUAUGAGCUGACAGACCCUGCCAACUUCCCGAAGAAUGAUACAGUGGACCCUCACCCCCUUCCAAUGACAGCGACACCAUCGCAGCUUAUGGACCAAGCUCUUGCGCAAAUUAAAGCAAUUGCUGCCAAUCCGAUUUUUGGCAAUGACACUUGUGCACGAUGCCAAGCCUCUCUCGCAGUUGGAAAGAUGCUCGUGCUUGGGGCUCCCGAACAAGGCCCCUUACUUGCCGAGGCAGUUUGCGAGUAUUUCAACUACUCAACAACAUGCUACAAUGAAUAUAGUCAGCUUGCGCUCGGUUCAACGUUUUCACAAGUUCUUGCGUUUGCAAACGCUGGCGGAUAUGACGGCCAGAACCUCUGUGCGCAUUUUUCACUGUGCCCCGUGCCGCCAACUGCUCCGCUCAACACCACUGGCUGGUUCGCAAAACCGAAACCAAACCCGCUGCCGCCCCCGAAACAGCCCAGUGGGCAGCGUCUGAAGGUUCUUCACAUUUCUGAUAUUCACCUCGACCCUCGCUACUCGAUAGGCUCUGAGGCUAACUGUUCCUCAUACAUGUGCUGCCGUGAUAAUGUCUUCAAUGCGGCGAGCCCAGACCAGAUCGUACUUCCCGCAUCUCGCUUCGGAAAUUAUUACUGUGAUCUUCCAGUGGACUUGAUGCUCGCGGCAAUGCAAGCCAUUGGUCCUCUCACCGGUACGGAAGAGUCUGGCUUUGACUUCACCAUCUUCACUGGUGAUUUGACUGCGCAUGAUCCUGACAACGAAUACUCAAGGGCCUAUGUUGAGUACGCCGAGGUCGUGAGCUACAACUUGCUGAAGAAAUAUGUUGGCCCUGCACCUAUCUACGCGACAAUCGGAAACCACGACACGUACAUGCAGUUCCAGAUGAUCCCAUACACCAUGGGCGGUCCUCUCGGGACGCAAUUCAACUGGUUGUACGAACACAUUUCUUCUAUGUGGCAGUAUGAAGGCUGGCUUCCUGAAGAGUCGAUCGCAUAUGCUGCAACCCACUACGCUGCAUAUGCUGUGAAACGCACGGACGGCCUCAAAAUCAUCUCAAUUGAUACCAACCUUUGGUAUACUAAUAACUACUACAGUUAUGUUAACUCUACGGAACCUGAUCCGUUCGGUAUCUUGCGUUUCCUCACGGAUGAGCUGCAGGCUUCCGAGGAUGCUGGUGAAAGAGUCUGGGUUAUCGGACAUGUAUUGAGCGGAUGGGACGGAACCCAAGCACAGGUCAAUCCGAGUAAUCUCUUCUACCAAAUUGUUGACCGCUACUCGCCUCAUGUCAUUUCCAAUAUCUUCUUUGGCCACACUCACGAGGACCAGCUUUCCAUCUUCUACGCAAACAACGGCACAGUCAUGAAUUCCGAGACUGCGUUGGCUGCAUCUUGGGUCAUGCCAUCGCUCACCCCCUUGACGAACCUCAACUCUGGAUUCCGUUUCUACGAAGUCGAUUCUGCUACUUUCGACAUCCUGGAUGCAUAUACCUAUAUCAGCGACGUGAACGAGUUCCCGGCAUUGGACAAUCAGACUGAGGUCGGCCCAACGUACUAUCUAGAGUACAGUACUCGCGAUGCAUACGGGGGCAAUAUCACUUGGGGCGCAAACGACCCUCUCAACGCAACAUGGUGGCACCUUGUUACUGACCAAAUGCUGAUCGAUCCUGCUCUAGUCCAGACAUAUCACACCUACCAAUCAAAGAGCUCUAUCGCAAGCCUGAACUGCACUGGGGAAUGCAUCUCUGCUAAGACCUGCUACAUGCGCAGCGGUUCGAGUAGUCUUGCAUACCAAAAUUGUCCUGCUGGAUACUCUUCGACACAGUGAAAGAGUACGAUGAUUAGAUGUAUAGUUGCAGUAACUUGAUGAUGGUGAUGAUGCUAAUUGGUCGUGCCCAAGCUGGGUGCGCUUUAGUUGGUAUCAAUCGCAUUAAGUUAAUCCUUACGGUGACUUUAGCAAAUACUUGACCUCUGCUC